UUUUUGGUAUAAACAAAUUGAUCGAGACGCUGGAAAAUGCUUCGGAGAGAGGAAUGAACAGAGACGUGGAGAGACUUCGGAGGAUUAUUUCCCAAAUCGCUGAUGAGAUUGUUCUGGUUAAGACGACGAUAGAUAGAAGGGAAUCAGAGCUCCUAGUGGUAGAGAAGUCAAUAUCCCAGGUGAAGAUGCUGCAGGAGAAGGCACUUCACGUCUCCAAGUGCAACGAGAUGAAAUUUCGAGAACGUGAGGAGCAGGUGGAGGUGAUGAAAGGGAUUUAUGAGAGAUUGGCAGUGACAAGAGGAGAGGUCCAGGGGAAUAUCACUGAUCAGCUUCUGAGGAAAAUUGCUGAGCUGAAAAUCCUGAGAGAUUCAUUGCAGAAGGAAUUUCAUGAUGAAAAAUCUGGUACAAUUGAUACAAGAAAAUAAUAUAGGACUCGUGAAUUAGAG